AUGACGGUUCCCGAUGAGGUUGAUAUCAUUGUGUGCGGUGGUGGUUCAUGCGGCUGUGUUGUCGCUGGCCGUCUGGCCAAUCUCGACCACGGCCUCCAGGUGAUGCUGAUUGAGGGUGGCGAGAGCAAUCUAAAUGAUCCAUGGGUGUUCCGGCCUGGAAUUUACCCGAGGAAUAUGAAGCUGGACAGCAAGAAUGCUUCUUUCUAUUACUCGCGGCCUUCGGAGUGGCUGUCUGGCCGUCGUGCCAUCGUUCCUUGCGCCAACAUUCUGGGUGGCGGCAGCAGUAUCAACUUCAUGAUGUACACGCGUGCCUCCGCCUCGGAUUAUGACGACUUCCAGGCUAAGGGCUGGACCACCAAGGAGCUGAUUCCGUUGAUGAAGAAGCACGAGACGUACCAGCGAGCUUCCCAGAACCGGGAUCUGCACGGAUUCGAGGGCCCAAUCAAGGUUUCUUUUGGCAACUACACCUAUCCGAUCAUGCAGGACUUCCUGCGCGCCACCGAGUCCCAAGGCAUUCCUACCACCGACGAUCUUCAAGAUCUAGUGACCGGCCACGGUGCUGAACAUUGGCUGAAGUGGAUUAACCGUGACACUGGUCGCCGGUCUGACUCGGCCCACGCAUACAUCCACAGCACUCGGUCUGUCCACCAGAACCUGCAUCUUGUCUGCAACACCAAGAUCGACAAGGUCAUCCUGGAUGGGGACCAGGCAGUGGGCGUCAAGACCCUCCCUGCCAAGCCAUUGCACCCCCAGCAGAAGCACGAGCCCAAGAUCUACAAGGCUCGUAAACAAAUCAUCAUCAGCGGCGGCACCUUGAGCUCGCCGCUCAUCUUGCAGCGCUCUGGCAUCGGUGACCCUGAGAAGCUCCGCAAGGCUGGCGUCAAGCCCCUCGUGAACCUGCCUGGUGUGGGUCUGAACUUCCAAGACCACUACUUGACAUUCGCACCCUACCGGGCAACCCCCGAGACCGAGUCGUUCGACGACUUCAUCCGCGGCAAUCCCAUUGUCCAGCAGAAGGUCAUGGACCAAUGGAACAUCAAUGGCACGGGUCCGCUGGCGACCAACGGAAUCGAUGCGGGCGUCAAGAUUCGGCCCACAGAGGAGGAGCUCAGAUGGAUGGACACCUGGCCGUGCCCGGAGUUCCGGUCCGGGUGGGAGAGCUACUUCAAGGACAAGCCGGACAAGCCGGUGAUGCACUACUCGGUCAUCUCGGGGUGGUUCGGCGACCACAUGCUGAUGCCGCCGGGCAAGUUCUUCACCAUGUUCCACUUCCUCGAGUACCCCUUCUCGCGAGGGUCGACGCACAUUGUGUCGCCCAACGCGUACGAGGCGCCCGACUUCGACGCGGGCUUCAUGAACGACCGGCGCGACAUGGCGCCCAUGAUCUGGGGCUACAUCAAGUCGCGCGAGACGGCGCGGCGCAUGAAGGCAUACGCGGGCGAGGUGACGGCGAUGCACCCGUUCUACGCGUACGACUCGGCGGCGCGGGCGCAGGACCUCGACCUCGCCAACACCAAGGCGUACGCGGGGCCGGACCACAUCUCGGCGGGCAUCCAGCACGGGUCGUGGAGUCGUCCGCUCGAGGCGGCGAAAGAAACGGCGCCCAACUACAUCAACUCGGCGUGCCAGGGCCUGCGCGACGACCUCGAGUACAGCAAGGAGGACAUCGAGGCCAUCGAGGAGUGGGUCAAGCGCCACGUCGAGACGACCUGGCACUCGCUGGGCACCUGCUCGAUGGGCCCCCGCGGCGGCAACAGCGUCAUCAAGCACGGCGUCGUCGACGAGCGGCUCAACGUGCACGGCGUGCGCGGCCUCAAGGUGGCAGACCUGUCCAUCUGCCCGGACAACGUCGGCUGCAACACCUACUCGACCGCGCUGCUCAUCGGCGAGAAGUGCGCCGUGCUCACCGGCGAGGACCUGGGCUAUAGUGGCUCCGCCCUCGAUAUGAAGGUGCCAACCUACCACGCCCCGAGGGAGAUCACCCAUCUCUCCAGGCUGUGA